ACAUUGCCACUCAGAAACUGAAAAACGAAAUGGCUAACAACUACGUUUCCUCUGUUCUGAAGUUGCAGCUUGUGCUUCUUCAACUUGUUUACUUGAGUCAGCAAUAUGUUGAUUCUGCCUCUAUCGUCAAGUUUCUUCCUGGUUUUGAAGGCCCUCUUCCCUUUGAGCUCGAAACCGGGUAUAUUGGUGUUGGUGAUGAAGAGGAAGUGCAACUAUUCUACUACUUCAUCAAGUCUGAGAGGAACCCAGAAGAAGACCCUCUUCUGCUCUGGCUAAGUGGAGGGCCUGGCUGCUCUUCCAUCACUGGCCUUCUUUUUGAGAAUGGGCCUCUGGCUAUGAAGCUUGAUGUUUACAAUGGAACUCUCCCUUCUUUGGUCUCUACUACAUAUUCAUGGACAAAGCCCGUUGGAACUGGCUUCUCCUAUUCAAAAACUCAACAACGUACUAAACCUAGUGAUUCAGGAGAAGCCAAACGGAUCCAUGAGUUUCUUCAAAAGUGGCUAGGCAAGCAUCAAGAUUUUUCUUCCAACCCUUUCUAUGUUGGCGGAGAUUCUUAUUCCGGUUUGGUUGUUCCAGCUACCGUUCAUGAAAUCUCAAAAGGAAAUUAUCAAUGCUGCAAUCCUCCAAUAAAUCUUCAGGGCUAUGUGCUGGGUAACCCGUUGACAGAAUAUGCAAUCGAAGUUAACUCCCGCAUUCCAUUUGCCCAUGGAAUGGCUCUGAUCUCUGAUGAACUCUACGAGAUUUAUCGGUAUUUGCUAGCUACGUACUGGGCCAAUGAUAAAACUGUACGCAAAGCUCUACAAAUCAAUAAGGAGAGUAUAGGGGAAUGGGUACGAUGUUAUUACGGUAUUCCUUACAAUAAUGACAUCAGAAGUAGCAUACCUUACCAUAUGAAUAACAGCAUCAAUGGUUAUCGAUCUCUCAUCUACAGUGGUGAUCACGAUUUCGAAGUACCUUUCAUUGGAACUCAAGCUUGGAUAAGAUCACUCAACUAUUCUAUUAUUGAUGACUGGAGGCCAUGGAAGAUCAAAGAUCAAAUCGGAGGAUACACAAGGACAUAUGCCAAUAAAAUGACGUUUUCUACUAUCAAAGCAAGUCUUUUACCUUUCUUUUUCUUGAACACUUUUACUGUGAUCCAUGUUGAUUCUGCCUCAAUCAUCAAGUCUCUUCCUGGUUUUGAAGGCCCUCUUCCCUUUGAGCUCGAAACCGGGUAUAUUGGUGUUGGUGAGGAAGAGGAAGUGCAACUGUUCUACUACUUCAUCAAGUCUGAGAGGAACCCAAAAGAAGACCCUCUUCUUCUCUGGCUAACUGGAGGACCUGGCUGCUCUGCCCUCUCUGGCCUUCUUUACGAGAAUGGCCCUUUGACUAUGAAGCUCGAUGUUUACAAUGGAAGUCUCCCUUCUUUGGUCUCUACUACAUACUCUUGGACAAAGCCCGUUGGAACUGGCUUCUCCUAUUCGAGAAAUAAACUUUUUAAUAAACCUAGUGAUACAGGAGAAGCCAAACGGAUCCAUGAGUUUCUUCAAAAGUGGCUAGGCAAGCAUCAAGAGUUUUCCUCCAACCCUUUCUAUGUUGGCGGAGAUUCUUACUCCGGUAUGAUUGUUCCGACUACCGUUCAAGAAAUCUCAAAAGGAAAUUAUGAAUGCUGCAAUCCUCCAAUAAAUCUUCAGGGAUAUGUGCUUGGUAACCCGAUAACAGACUAUAAAAUUGACGAUAAUAACCGCAUUCCAUAUGCUCAUGGAAUGGCACUGAUAUCUGAUGAACUCUAUGAGUCGCUAAAGAGAAUCUGCAAAGGAGAAUAUGGACAAGUUGAUCCACAUAACACAGAAUGUUUGAAACUUAUUGAAGAAUUUAAUAAGGAGAGUAUAAGGGAAUGGACACGAUGUAACUGGAGUAAACCAUACACUAAAGACAUUAUAAGCAGCGUACCUUACCAUAUGGAUAAUAGCAUCAAUGGCUAUCGUUCUCUCAUUUUCAGUGGUGAUCAUGAUUUCGAAGUACCUUUAGUUGGAACUCAAGUUUGGAUAAAAUCUCUCAACUAUUCCAUCGUUGAUGACUGGAGACCAUGGAUGAUCAACAAUCAAGUCGCUGGAUACACAAGAACUUAUGCCAAUAAAAUGACAUUUGCUACUGGAGGUGGGCACACAGCAGAGUAUAAGCCAGAUGAAACCUUUACCAUGUUCCAAAGGUGGAUCAAUGGCCAACCUCUAUAAAAGAAGAGAGUGGCCUUUACGUAUAAAGGACUAGUUGGGUC